CUCUCAAAUAGAUGGUGCAAGUCAAAAUGUCCAAAUCCUCCGCAGAUCCACUGCCUGGUGUCGAAACAGGCUCACAGUCUCACAAUUUUCAGCUGCCCAGGAAGUUGCCUAAGAGGAAAAGUCGGUUCAAACGUUCGGAUGGCAGCACGUCCUCAGACACCACCUCCAGCUUCAUCAAAAGACAGGGGUCGGCUGAUUCGUACACCAGUAGACCGUCGGACUCCGACCUGUCAGCGGAGGAAGACCGCGAGGCGUAUCGGCGUGAAGCCGAGCGCCAGGCCCAGCUCCAGCUUGACAGAGCUAAGUCUAAACCUGUAGCGUUUGCGGUGAAGACCAACGUGGCUUUCUGUGGGGCUCUGGAUGAGGACUGUCCCGUUCAAGGAGCUGCAAUCAACUUCGAAGCCAAAGACUUCCUGCACAUUAAGGAGAAGUACAACAAUGAUUGGUGGAUUGGUCGUCUGGUGAAGGAGGGGGCAGACAUCACCUUCAUCCCCAGCCCUUUACGCCUGGAGGCUAUGAGACUCAAACACGAGCAAAGGAAAAGAGGGGGGAACUCUUCCUCCAGUCUGGGUGACAUGGUGUCUGGGAGCUGGAGGACAACGCCGCCAUCUGGUGACAAACCAAAGCAAAAGCAGGAACACAUUCCUCCGUAUGACGUGGUCCCGUCCAUGCGGCCGGUGGUCUUAGUGGGACCGUCACUGAAGGGGUAUGAGGUGACAGAUAUGAUGCAGAAAGCUCUGUUUGACUUCCUGAAACACAGGUUCGACGGAAGAAUCUCCAUCACACGCGUUACGGCAGACCUAUCUCUGGCCAAGAGAUCUGUGCUCAACAAGAGGCCAAUCAUGGAGAGAUCCAAUACUCGCUCCAGCCUGGCCGAGGUCCAGAGUGAGAUAGAGAGGAUAUUUGAGCUGGCCAAAACCCUCCAGCUGGUGGUUCUGGAUGCAGACACCAUCAACCACCCGGCCCAGCUAGCCAAGACUUCCUUGGCCCCUAUCAUCGUAUACGUCAAAGUGUCCUCGCCAAAGGUGCUCCAGAGGCUGAUCAAGUCCCGGGGGAAGUCUCAGAGCAAACACCUGAACGUGCAGAUGAUGGCCGGAGACAAACUGUCUCAAUGCCCCCCUGAGAUGUUUGAUGUAAUUUUGGAUGAGAACCAAUUGGAGGAUGCGUGUGAACACUUGGCUGAAUACCUAGAGGUGUACUGGCGCGCCACUCAUCUCCCCGACACCACCCCCAUCAACCCGCUAUUAGAGCAGAACCUCAUGACCCCGCCCUCAGCCAACUCUAGCCUACAGACCCAGAAUAAGAACCAGCCCCCAGUGCAGCACAGCAGUGUGGGGGUGGAGGGUGAGGAGGUGGAGGCCCACUCCCCUCUGGAGCAGGACAGCCUGAUGCCGUCUGAAGAAGGCAGCGACUCCCUGUCCCGCGGCCUCCUUGGGGGCCCACGCCUCCGGGGGGACGAGGAGGACGAGGAGCUGGUGGAGGAAUUAGAAGAGGAACUAGAUGAGGAGGAUGAGUUUGAGUCCCCUUGCCACGCCCAAACUUACAGGGACAGGUACCCCCCUCACCGCGGUCACCGUGGGGGCGUCCACAGCACCAACGGGCAUGAAUCACAGGACAGGCUGCUCCAGCGCGAUGCCCAGCAGGGGCACAACCAGCGCAACAACUGCCAACGCAGCCGCCCCUGGCCCCGAGACAACUACUGACAUUUCUAACGUACCCUGGCCCCAAGACAACUACUGACAUCUCUAACGUACCCCUGGCCCCGAGACAACUACUGACAUUUCUAACGUACCCUGGCCCCAAGACAACUACUGACAUCUCAAGCAUACCACUGGCCCCGAGACAACUACUGACAUCUCUAACGUACCCCUGGCCCCGAGACAACUACUGACAUCUCUAACGUACCCCUGGCCCCAAGACAAUUACUGACAUCUCUAACCUUACCACUGGCCCCGAGACAACUACUGACAUCUCUAACGUACCCCUGGCCCCAAGACAAUUACUAACAUCUCUAACGUACCCCUGGCCCCGAGACAACUACUGACAUCUCUAGCGUACCCCUGGCCCCAAGACAAUUACUAACAUCUCUAACGUACCCCUAGCCCCGAGACAAUUACUGACAUCUCUAAUGUACCCUUGGCCCCAAGACAACUACUGACAUCUCUAAUGUACCACUGGCCCCUAGACAACUACUGACAUCUCUAACGUACCACUGGCCCCAAGACAACUACUGACAUCUCUAACGUAACACUGGCCCCAAGACAAUUACUAACAUCUCUAACGUACCCCUGGCCCCGAGACAACUACUGACAUCUCUAAGGUACCCCUGGCCCCAAGACAAUUACUAACAUCUCUAACGUACCCCUGGCCCCGAGACAACUACUGACAUCUCUAGCGUACCCCUGGCCCCAAGACAAUUACUAACAUCUCUAACGUACCCCUGGCCCCGAGACAAUUACUGACAUCUCUAAUGUACCCUUGGCCCCAAGACAACUACUGACAUCUCUAACGUACCACUGGCCCCGAGACAACUACUGACAUCUCUAACGUACCACUGGCCCCAAGACAACUAUUGACAUCUCUAACGUAACACUGGCCCCAAAACAACUACUGACAUCUCUAACGUAACACUGGCCCCAAAACAACUACUGACAUCUCUAACGUACCCCUGGCCCCAAGACAACUACUGACAUCUCUAACGUACCACUGGCCCCAAGACAAUUACUGACAUCUCUAACGUACCACUGGCCCCAAGACAACUACUGACAUCUCUAACGUACCCCUGGCCCCAAGACAACUACUGACAUCUCUAGCGUACCCCUGGCCCCAAGACAACUACUGACAUCUCUAACGUACCACUGGCCCCAAGACAACU